AACUGUGUCAGUGCAGCGGCUCCAUGCGGAACCUUUGUUUGCGAUUGGCGGCGGGAGUCGGUCGGUUUGUGGAGCGGGACAGGUUCCGGGCUGCCACGUCUGUGAGGAGCGGAAGCGGGUUGUGGGCCCGGCGUCGAGACUGCGAGCGGAGCGGCCUGCCCGGCGGAGCCAUGGUUUCUGUAAUUAAUACCGUGGAUACAUCCCAUGAGGAUAUGAUCCACGAUGCACAGAUGGAUUACUACGGCACCCGCCUUGCAACAUGCUCCUCUGACCGAUCUGUGAAGAUAUUUGACGUUAAAAAUGGAGGCCAGAUCCUUAUUGCUGACCUGAGGGGCCAUGAAGGUCCUGUAUGGCAAGUGGCAUGGGCUCACCCGAUGUAUGGCAACACCUUGGCUUCUUGUUCCUAUGAUCGGAAGAUCAUCAUCUGGAAGGAGGAGAAUGGAACUUGGGACAAGAUGUAUGAAUACACUGGACAUGAUUCUUCUGUCAACUCAUUGUGCUGGGCUCCUCACGAGUUUGGGUUGAUCCUUGUCUGUGGCAGCUCUGAUGGUGCAAUCUCGGUGCUUUCAUUCUCGGGCGACGGUCAGUGGGAAAUGAAGAAAAUCAGCAAUGCACAUACGAUUGGCUGUAAUGCUGUCAGUUGGGCUCCAGCAGUUAUACCCGGGAGUCUUGUGGACCAACCUUCAGGGCAGAAGCCAAAUUAUGUCAAGCGAUUUGUGUCAGGAGGCUGUGACAAUCUGGUCAAAAUAUGGAAAGAAGAGGACGGUCAGUGGAAAGAGGAUCAAAAGCUUGAAGCUCAUAGUGACUGGGUUCGAGAUGUUGCCUGGGCUCCAUCUAUUGGACUUCCCACGAGCACCAUCGCCAGCUGCUCCCAGGAUGGCAGAGUUUUUAUCUGGAUUUGUGAGGACCCUGCUGGGAAUACAUGGACACACAAACUCUUGCACAAAUUCAAUGAUGUAGUGUGGCACGUUAGCUGGUCCAUCACUGGGAACAUCUUAGCCGUUUCCGGAGGUGACAACAAGGUCAGUCUAUGGAAGGAGUCAGUUGAAGGCCAAUGGGUUUGCAUCAGUGAUGUGAACAAAGGCCAGGGGUCAGUGUCGGGUAUCACAGAGGGCCAACAGAAUGAGCAGUGAUUGGCAAAGGAGCAUCACGGGAAUGCUGUCUUGAAUUGUAUAUUUGGCAAAAUAAAAUGGAUUGCGAGAAACUGGGAACAAACAAAAAUCUAAGUUGUUUUGUACCCUCGAGCCUGGCACCGUUUAUGGAGAGGAGUAUGUAUUGGUGUAGUUCCUGUUGUCAUUGACACAUAAGCAGACCUUUUGUAAUUGCAGUGUUCAGAGUGCCUUGUAGGGGAUUGUAAGAAGGUGCUGUUUAGCUGAUCGGAAACUACGUGCACUACCAAUAAAAGCUAUGUUUUGAGGUGCUUAAGCCAAUAAUGUACAGUCACAGCCCAAGGCCAAUUACUCGAUAGUGGGAACAAGUCAUUACCUUGUCUGUCACCAUAUAAAUCUGUCCUCCAGCAGUAAAUGGUAAUAGGAUCUUAAAAGAAAUGUCCUCAGACGGCAUGGUGGCCAACAUAUUGAGGCACAGUACAGCACAGCAAUAGACCCCAAGAUUCAAGCUUGUGCUUGUUUGUUUAUUGUGAGGAAUUUCCCUAAAUAGAGGACAACAAAAUUGAAAGGAACAAGCUGUCACUGAAGUGCUCCUGCCCACUACCUUUCAGAAUAGUGCACAGAGAGCCAAGGAGCAGAUCACCUACUGAACAAUUCACCUUAAGAAGAGGGAGCAAAGUUGUCCUUCAACAAUGCCACACUGGAUUCAAAUGCAGUAAACUUUUAUUAAAUUCCUAAUAAUUGCUUCUCUAUGAAAUAUUUCUGACAAACAAACCUUUCACACACACCAGAACACACUGUGCCCUGAAAAUGCUUCCGAAAUUUAAAAUACCACUGAAAUUCUCCUAAAAAUAAGAAGUCCAGAACUGUUGGAACCACAGAUUGCUGGAGUUUCCAGGUUCUGAACUUGGGGGCAGGCUCACAUGACGAAUCGACCCACUCAUAUUGGCUGUGUUUGUGGUAUAUGUACCUAAGCUGUAGCUGCAACAGUUCCAUUUCAAGGCCCAUUCUCCCCCUACAAACUGGUCUGAAUGCAGUGUUUACAUCUUUUAAAAAGAUCCUUUGGCUGAAAUUCAUUUUUGUUAAUAUUUUGGUGAAGAGGAAUAAUUCAGAUUGUAAACCACAGGCAUUGUACAGUAUGGGCUCAUAUAAAAACCUUGUGAUGGGGACUAGAAAUUAAGGCGUCUGUUUUAAAUAUUUAGUCCUUACUCUCUAACUUGAUAGUCAAAAUUGAACUUAAUAAAUUGAUAUAAUGUA